AUGAAGUUUACCACCACCCUCCUCAUCGGCAGCUUUACCUCCAGCGCCCUGGCCGGCCACAGCUUUUUCCAAGCUCCUCGCAACUCCAGCGAGCCUGACACUAGCAAGCCAGACAUCGGAAAGCAGGUCCUUGACAAGGCCAUGACCGCCGCCGGUAUUCCCUACGCAUGGGGCGGAGGCUCCUGCGACGGCCCUUCUGAAGACCAGCCACCGUACCAGUACGGAGACAUUGGCUACGACUGCUCGGGACUUGUCUGCUGGGCUGUCUGCCAGAUUACCGGACGGGACCUCUUCACUGAGGGUCUCCGCGUGACGUCCGACAUGUAUUGUGCGUCGGAGACGACUCUGAAAUAUAAGAAAUACCCCUACGAGGAACGCAAGGCUGGCGACGCCAUUUUCUUUGGUGGAGAAUGCGACUGCGCUGGUAGUAGCAGUAUACACCACGUUGGGUUGAUGAUGGAUUCGGGCGAUCGCAUGUGGAAUACUCCGAAUGAUCGCGUUAACAAGGUCCAGGAAAACAGCAUUGCUGGUUUCGGCGACACGCCUUGCCCUUAUGUGGUUCGGUUUGCUUAG